GACCGCGCCGACCGUGUGGGCGGCUCGUAACCCCGAACGACUCAUAAAACCCACACCCCUCCCGCGCGUCGGUCACCACGGCAACGGGCGGAGCGCAAGCUCGCCGCAGAGCCCCGCCCAGGCUGGGCAUUUGGUCUCGCGAGAGCGGGCCGCGCGAGGCGAAGCGACUCCGGAAGUCCUCAGGAGGAGCUGCCAGUGGGCCGUAUCGUGUCGGCCGCACCGCCCGGACGGGUGCUCUGCCAGACUGACCAUGGACGAUACCCUGUUCCAGUUGAAGUUCACAGCAAAGCAGUUGGAGAAGUUAGCUAAGAAGGCAGAGAAGGACUCCAAGGCUGAGCAGGCAAAAGUUAAGAAGGCCCUGCAGCAGAAAAAUGUGGAAUGUGCCCGAGUAUAUGCUGAAAAUGCGAUCCGUAAGAAGAAUGAAGGUGUGAACUGGCUCCGUAUGGCAUCCCGUGUGGACGCAGUGGCCUCCAAAGUGCAGACAGCCGUGACCAUGAAGGGGGUGACUAAGAACAUGGCACAAGUGACCAAAGCUCUGGACAAGGCUCUGAGUGCCAUGGAUCUUCAGAAAGUGUCGGCAGUGAUGGACAGGUUCGAGCAGCAGGUGCAGAACCUGGAUGUGCACACGUCGGUGAUGGAGGACUCCAUGAGCUCAGCCACCACACUGAGCACACCGCAAGAGCAGGUUGACAGCCUCAUUGUGCAGAUUGCUGAGGAGAAUGGCCUGGAGGUCUUGGACCAGCUCAGCCAGCUUCCUGAGGGCGCGUCUGCUGUGGGCGAGAGCUCUGUGCGCAGCCAGGAGGACCAGCUGUCUCGGAGGUUGGCUGCUCUGAGGAAUUAGCACACCUUCUGCAGGUGCUGCCUCCCCUGCCCUUGAUGCUGGAGGCUUCUGCACCCUCUCCACACACCUUCCUCUGGCCCUGCAGAGCUGCCUCUGCCCCUCAUCUGCCAGGGUGGGCACCUUGGAACUGAUCCUUAGAUUGGGCAGUGGGUCUGUUUCUUGGUAUUGAAUUUGCACAAGUGUGUUAGUGACUUUUGUGGCUCUGAGCCACAGCUGGGAAAUGGUAGGCCCAGCUCUGUCUUGUGCCCCUAUGGAAUUGACAGGGUUUGGCCGCCCGAUGGAUGUGUGUGGAUUCCAGCUCUAUGCUGUGGGGGCUUUGGACUCCAGUGACUGCAGACCUGCUACCUGCUAUGGCCAGUAGGGGUCAGGGCUGUUCCUUUUCCAGGCAGCUCCUGGCUGCCUCUUCCUCUCCAUCUGCAGAUAAGAAGCCCCACUGCAGGAAAGCCUUGUGAAGGUUCCUGUGGACCUGUGUGUACUGGAGACCUCCAGUGCUACCAAAACUCUGCUGGAACCUUUAUAGACAAUGACUCUUCUCCAUUGUUCCAGGACUGGGGUCUUGGCCACCACUGCCAGCUGGUUGAGCCUGCUUGGGCCUCCUAUCCUUGCUUUCUUGCCCAGCCCGUGGGGACAGAACUGGCACCUAAUUCUAAGUGCAGGUGUGCUCUCCCUGGGGGUUCUCGCCCUCAGGCAUCAGCUGCCUGGGAGGUGCCUUGGGCCACUUGAGCUGGGCUGUCAGCCCCACCACUGACAAGGCCCUCUAGCUUGUGACCUCCUUCCAGUGCCUCUCCUCAGUGCAAGACUCCUGUGUCUUUCCUGUCACUGUAAGUAACAGGUGCCACCUCUAGCUGCCACCCUCCUGCCUCCAAGCGGAAGCCAGAGUGGCUCACAUAGAGAACCUGGGACAGUCAUCUUCAGCCGUGGCCUUUCAUAAGGGGGAAACGGGCUGGUGAGAAACCAGCUGCAGGCAGCUCAUGAGGCUGGCCAUGGUAGUCCAAGAGGCUGUGUGUACAGGCCGCUGUUUUGGUUUUAUGAUUCCUAAAGUUUACUCGUGUUCCUGAAGCUCCCGAGGUUUUUGUUCUUUUGCCAAAGUAGAAAGCGUGCAACAGAUGGGAUGUGUUGUUCACAUCCUCCUCCGUGCUGAGAGUAGAGUCUCCCUGCAGCCCACGGGUUACACAUCAAAACAUGGGCAUGCUAACCUGCACUCAGUAUGUUUGGUUCUUUCUGUUCUAUGUUUUGGGGCCUGUGGGUGUUCCUGCAAGUUGGGUUUUGGGGGGAUGGUGGCAUUGGUGAUUCUGGGUAUUGGGGGGCCAAGAAACUACCCUUUGCAGGCUUCCUGAGAUCGACCUACCUACUGAGUGUUGGAAGUAACUGCUGCCCCUCUUGGGGGAGAGCCUGGGAAAACUCUGGCCCUGGAGGGUACAGUUUGUGAUGUACCAUUGAGGUGGGAGUGCUGGGUUGGGUUCAUUAGAGUGGGCAUGUCUGCCCUUCACUUAAAAUACUGUUGUAAAUAAAUAAAUUGAACAGGGCGUGGUGGUACACACCUUUAAAA